GAGUGAGUGUGUGUGACAUGCAGCCAAUCAGCUUCGCAGCAGAUCUCUACUCCCUCCUCUGCAGGCCUGUCCUUGCAGAUUUGGCAGAUUUUAUUGCAUCGAUCAGCUGUGUUGUAAUUACAGCUGCGCGGAGCCGUCCAGCCAACAGAAGAGAUACAUUUAACCGAAUAACAGGCCUACAUCUACCAAAAUGUCUCCUCAGGCAGAGUUUGAGAAGAUUGCAGAGGAUGUGAAGAAGGUAAAGACAAGGCCUACGGACCAGGAGCUGCUGGACCUGUAUGGCCUUUAUAAGCAGGCAAUCGUAGGAGACAUUAACAGCGAUAGACCAGUGAUGGACAUUAAAGGAAAAGCCAAGUGGGAUGCCUGGAAAUCCAGGAAAGGAAUGUCCCAGGACAGUGCCAUGUCAGCCUACAUUACACUUGCAAAGGAAGUCAUCAGUAAAUAUGGCUUGUAAGGCUUGCAUUGAACUAAAGAAUGAGAAUUAAUGCCAUAAUGACAACAGUCUACUAACUCAACAAUUAAACUAAUGCUGCUGUCUCUAUAACAAGUAGCCUUCUGCUUUCAGAUGCCAUACAGGAUGAAGUGUAAUUUAAAAUUUGCUGGGAUUUCUUUUCAUGAAUUGUCCUUUUUAUAUAGAUUAUUAAUUGAAUAACUUCUAUGCAUUCUUUGAGAUUAGAAAUAUGCUAACUGCCUUUUUAUCUAAUUGAUUUAGUUUGUUCUUGUAUAAUGUUUACAUGUGCACUUUAAAAUGUAGCUUGAAUCCUACAUAUGUAGCUUGAAUCAAAACAGGACAAAUGAAAUGCUGUCAAAUGUGAAAAUAAAAUCUUUGUGCACUG